GAGGUUACAGGGACUCAGGAGGCCUUCGGUGCAAUGUGGAGGUUUAUGUGUGACCCAGGGUUAUUUUUUAUUCUCUAAACAAAAAGCAUAUAUAUAUGCAAAGAAGCGUAACCAUAGUUACUCGUUUAUGUCUGUGUGAAUAUCCCUAGGUGGGAUAGCUGUCAGUUGUGUUUGCACAAUGCUGCCCCCGUGUUUGUGGAGAUCACUUGUGUGUAGGCACAGGCUGCUGGCGCACACUGUUAAAUGCAUUGGGGUUUCCAGUAAGAAGGCUGCCCUUGGCGGCUUAGCGUGCUUGGGAAGCCCGCAUAGGAACACGCCAGUUAUCGGUCAAGCCUGCGUCCUGAUCACCGGAAAGCACAGUAUAUGCACGGGCAGCUGCUUGCUGCAGCUCAGAGACUCGAAGCACAACGACAAACGUGUGUCCGUGCAGACCAGGAGCGAUGGGGCAUCCCCACAAACCGCUGCCCAGAAAGUUACACAAGCUGGCAAAGACUUCACCUAUUUUAUUGUGGUCCUUGUAGGGAUUGGAGUUACAGGGGGAUUGUUUUAUGUUGUCUUUAAAGAGCUUUUCUCUUCUUCGAGUCCCAGUAAAAUCUAUGGUGAUGCUUUGGAAAAGUGUCGAUCUCAUCCAGAGGUUAUCGGGGUGUUUGGAGAGCCCAUCAAAGGCUAUGGAGAGACUACAAGACGCGGGAGGAGACAGCAUGUUAGUCACGUGGAGUAUAUAAAAGAUGGUAUGAAAUGUAUGCGGUUGAAGUUUUAUAUUCAAGGCUCAGAACCAAGGAAGCAAGGAACGGUACACGUAGACGUGAAAGAGAAUCCGGAAAGUGGCAAAUAUGAAUAUCAGUACAUCUUUGUUGAAAUUGAUACAUAUCCGCGAAGAACCAUUCUAAUCGAGGAUAAUAGAUAACAACAACAGUGCUGUACUUCGUCCAUUAUGGUUUCCCAGUGUAUUGAUAUCUACAAAUAUCAAUUGCAAAGGGUCCAUUUUGCUAUACAUUUUGAUUAAUAUAUCUUAUCUUCCCAUUUUGCUGAUGAUGAAGCGCGCUUGAUUCACAUUUUAUUUAAUUGUGUAACUGUUAAAGUUAAUUGUAACUGUGUCAGCAUUCAUUUUGCACAAGAACAGUUAGAUUGGAAUUCUGAAUUCUACAUUUCCAGUUAUUUUGGCAAAUAUCUCAGCUUAUCAGUGCCGACACUGGAAGCAGUGUAUGUUUUGAUGUUGUUUUUCUUCAACAAACAGAACAUUAAAAUACCCAAGGUGCUGGAAUUACAUUUUUGUAUUUCCUUAAGAUCAUAUAAUCAAAUAUAUGACAAGCAUAUAUCAGUGCAAACCAUGAAUACAUACUUACAGCAUAAAAUAAAGUUGUUAUUUUUUUCUUUUGAUUGAUUUGUGUCAGAUUAAUGCCGUCUAAACGACAAUAUUAUGGCUGCCGCUGCCACCUUCCACCAAUGUGCAGGAAAUCAAUGAGCAAUAUGUUGAAACUGAACCACAAUCUAGCUAGUUCAGAAAGACGAAAUUGGAGAAUACUAAACAUAAACUCAAUGUAUUCUGGGGACAAUAUGAAAGAUAGCAACUUGUACUAUAUGAAAAAAGCAAUUGCUUUUGCUAUGUGAUAGAACAGACAAAGCACAAAUAAGUUCUAUUCCCGUGAGGUUACAAUCUAAUAUUUAGUAGCUGAGGCACAAGAAGUGAAUUGACAUCCAAAAUCAUAUGGGGCAUCUUGUAACUCAACAACCGCAGCUUGUUUUAUAGGUUGGUGCUUUUUAGAUAGAUUCUGUUCUGUCUGUUGCCAAAAAAUAAUUGAUUUCGACUGUUUUUUUGAGUAUAUUUGCUUUGGUGUGAUGAGGUGUACAGAUUGUUAUAUGGAUUUAAAAAGAAAAACAUGUUUCUUUGUAGAAUGACAAAUUUAAUGUGGUUA